AUGCGAAUCUCACCCCCUUCUCCUCCCCUUCCCAUCUUCACCCCUUCCCUCUUCCUUCCCCACCUCGUGCGCACCUGGGUGCCCGUGGCGCAACAGGCGGAGGUGCUGAUACUGGACCGGCUGCGGCAUGCGAAUCUGGUGGAGCUGGUGGGGUACUGCAAGGAGAAGGGCGAGUGCCUGCUCGUCUACCACUACUACGCCAAUGACAGCGUUGAAUCCGCCCUCUUCAACCGCAAGCGAGCGGGGCAGGAGCCGUUUUCGUGGGAGCGGCGGGUGAGCGUGGCGUGGCAGUCAGCAGAGGCGCUGGCGUAUCUGCACGGCAACGACGUCAUUCACCGCGACUUCAAGCCCUCCAAUGUGCUGCUCGAUGCGGACUGGACGGCGAAGCUGAGCGACUUUGGGAUGUGCAAGGAGCAGGAGGCGGGCAAGUCGCACGUGUCCACUCGCGUCAUGGGCACCCUGGGAUACCUCGACCCCGACUACAUGGAGACAGGGCUGCUGCGGCAGAGUUCAGACGUGUACGCCUUUGGGGUGUUUCUGCUGGAGCUGAUCACGGGCAAGCGUGCGGUCUCAGACACGGGGCAGCCGCUCACCAGCUGGGUGUUCCCGUUGCUGGACCAGAAGAAGCCCGAGAUCGACCUGCUCAUCGACUCGGCGCUGGAGAGCAGCUUUGACCGCGACAGCGCGCUCAAGAUCGCCGUCAUCGCCAAGUUCUGCAUUGGGGAGGAGGAGCUGCGCCCCGAGAUGACCGCCGUCGCUGAGAGGCUCAAGAAGCUCGUCGCCUCGUGA